CAGAGAACUCUCCAGCACUCUUAACGGUAACAUCUUCUUCUUCUUCCUCAUCUUCUUCUUCGGCUCCUCCAAUCUCCACCUUCUCGAUCCCAAUGGAACCAGCUAAAAUCGACUGGAAAAAUGUUCAGUGGAGAUUCGUAGAGGACGAAUUGUACGAGCACAUCAAUGCCCCCAAAUGGGUUGAUUUCACCGCGAUCCACGACCCCGUGGAUGAUGACGCCUGGUUUUGUCGAUCCGAUUGUAAGCAUCCAAAGACAGCGGAAGAAUUGCUUCGUGUCACUCCUUCGAAGCUUGCAAGCCCUGGUUAUAGCUCUGAAACUCUUCAAUCCAGUGAUCGGAUAGGAAGAGAUGGAAGGUUGAAGAGAAGGGGGCUUCUUCAGUCUUCAAACAAUGAGAAUCAGAAUCCCAAUUUUUCAACGCCUCAAACUCACGCAGCCAAAACUGCCUCCACCAAGACACAGAUCAAAUCAAGCACUGAGAAGAAGCCAUUGAUGGAUGAUGGUCAACAGAAGAACAAUGGAACUCCGUCGCUGAAAAGCACACUUUCAGCAAGAAAUUUAUUUGCAGGGCGAGAUAUUCUGAAUCAAAUUACAGAGUUUUGCAAUGAAAUAAAGAGGAUGGCAACCAGGGUCAGGGAGAGAGAGAAUGCUAAGCAACUGGCUCCGGAGAAUGGUGUAGAGGCUGAGAAGAAAAAUAUAGAGAAGGAGGUUCCCUCAAAUAAUCUGGAAAGGAAGGAGAAAGAGAGGAAGCCAUUCGGGGAACUCGGUAAAGAGAAAUCUGAUGGUGCUAUUAGUAACAGUGUAAAACAUAAGCUGAAGAACAAUAUCAAAACUGCAGCAGACAGCGAAAACAUCCCAAUCUCUCUGGAUUUGGAGAAGGUGCGGCACAAAAGAGAUGAUAACGUGCUGCAAAUCCGAACCAAUCCGCCUUCUCCCCAGUGCUUUUCCAACGUACGUGGACCGAACAAAAUCACCCCUUCGCAGGCUUCAAAAUCUAGAUUAAAGGAGAAGGAAAUUCUUGUAGAAGUGGAUAAAGAAAAAUCUGCGGAGAGAGUUAAAACCAUUUCUUCUGCUGUUGGUGAAAAAGAAGCAAGAGCAUUGGAUGUUCUUUGGUUUCUCAAGCCUUGCACUCUUUCUAACUAAAGAAAAAACUCCAUGAAGGUUGAGCCAAAGAGGCAUAUUUUGCAGAUUAUUCUUUCAUUCUUUGUGUUCUUCAUUCUUCUUAGUGUCCUUUACAGCCAUAGUGUCUGUCAUCAUAUAAGCUCCACACUGCUGCUGGUUCCUUGUUGAUAAAUCAAGAUUCAUGUAUUUAGCCACAAAACAAUUUUUCUUGAAUUGAGUUUCAAUGAACAGAAACAGAAAGAUCUAUUUUUUACAAUACAGCUUUGUUUUUCAGGAA